GCUAACACAAGUGGGUGACAACAUGGCGUCUGUUCGGGAAGAAAUAUUUAAGUGUGUGGUGUCUGGAGACCUGGACACUAUCAAGCAGCAUUUACAAGCUGAGUGUGUCGCGGACGAGUCGCAGGAAAAAGAUUAUUUCAGUAAGAAGGACGAGUUUGGGAGAAGUGCUCUGUUAACCGCCGCCAUGUUGGGAAAGAGCGACAUCGUCCGAGUGCUGGUGAGAGGAGGAGCUCAGGUCAACGAGCAGACUGUGAGAGGUUAUUCAUCGCUGCACCUUGCUGCUUGUUGGGGUCACGUGGAGACAGUGAGGACUCUGCUUGAACAGGAAGCUGACACCCAGGCCACAACCUUCAGGGGGGAGAGGCCUGUGGACCUGGCUCAGAGAUACUCUAAGACAGACUGUGUAGAAUGUCUCACCCUGGCAGAAGCUAAACAGGACCUGAUGUCAUAUCUAGCCUUUGUUAAGAAGAUUAUUACAGACUCAGAGAGGAGCCUCACAAAGGAAGAGAAGAACAUCUGUACGCGUGCAUGUUCUGCCAAGUCUGACUGGAUCCAGAGUGUCCAACACCCAGCCGUGUCAGACUUCAUCGCCCAGAGGACAGACAUAGAGGACACUCUGCAGCCUGUUCUCAGCAAGUUGUCAGCACAAAUGCCUAAUAAACCACCUUUAAAGGUUUAAAACAGUGAUGUUGUGAGGACAUCACCUCUUCUCCGAAUCUCACCUGGAGGUAAACACUGCGUCUUGAGUAACUUUUUUUUGGACUUCCUUUAAUCGCCUGAUGGCUGUCUCAUGUUCGCCAUGUGGAACCACCUGUCCCGGAACCACCUGUCCCAAGCCCAAAAGAGGCUCAUGUCUUGUCAUGAUAGUAGAAUGAAUAGGGGACGUGAACUCUCUUCCUGACUUUUUCGUUGCUGUGAUUCUCAAGAAAAGGGAUUGAGACCAGUUGAAGUACUCAGGGAAUAGACACUAAUGUUUAACAAAAGAACACCAUCAGUACUUUAACUCUGUUUUUCUCUGGGUACUAAUUGUUGAAUGGUGGUCCCUUUGGAUGUGUAGUUUCAUUAUAUGUGUUGUGUCAUUCUUUUGUCAAUCAAUGUAUUUUUUAUUAACAUUAUUAGACAUUAUCGUCACAGUUAACUAGUCCUGAAACGUGUCCACUUUAUGUUUAGAAUCAAUGUUGAUGGACCAAUGUGUAAGUUUUGUGCAUAAAAUUUAAACGUAUUAUAAAAAUACAAAUUAAUCUAUAAGAGAAAAAGUCUAUGCUCUCUUUCCACAUCUCUUGAAACAGUGUUAAUUUCGUUGACGAAGACUAUGACGAAAUAUAUUCGUUAACGACCUAUUUUCCAUGACGAAGACGAGACGAAGACGUAACGAAAACGAAUCUUUGAAAAUAAAAACUAUGACGAAAUCUAUUUUAAAUUUCGUUGACGAGACUAGACGAGACGAAAAUGUUGGUGGUUGACUAAGUCACAAUAAAGUCACAAUAAUUUUUAAAGCAUCAUCGUAUCAGGCCGUCAUGAA